UAAGGAGGGGGAGAGACUAUAUAGGACCUCGACUGUGCCUGGAGACAUCACUGCCAAGAUGCUUCUGCUGCUUAUUUUCCUGGCAUCGCUCUGGCACAUCCCUCAUAUUAAGGCAGGACCGUCUAGGGUUCUAAGAUCUAAUUCCAGAGACAUGAUCAAGGGGCUGCAAUGGUUGAUGCGUUAUGGCUAUCUUCCCCAACCUGAUCCCAGAGCAGCAAAUCUUCAAAGCGAGGAGGAGUUAUCCGCUGCUGUGAGAACGAUGCAAAGGUUUGCAGGAGUGCCAGUAACCGGAGAACUGGAUAGUGAGACUUUGAGAAUGAUGAACAGGCCUCGUUGCUCCCUUCCUGAUUUCAUUGGCACCUCGGAGUUGAUGCGCCGGCGACGUAGGAAGAGACGCUAUGCUCUGAGUGAAAGUUCCUGGAAAAAGACCGACUUGACAUGGCACAUCCGUUCCUACCCUCAAUCCUCACAAUUGUCCCGUGAUCAUAUCCGGAAUCUCAUUUUUUAUGCUUUUCGAGCUUGGAGCAAUUCUUCAGCCCUGACAUUCAGAGAAGCGCCUUCUCAGACAGCAGACAUUGUGGUGGAUUUUGCGGCCUCUUAUCAUGACGACACAUACCCCUUUGAUGGGCCCGGAGGCACCCUGGCCCAUGCCUUCUUCCCUGGAGAGCAUCCCAUUUCGGGCGAUACCCAUUUUGAUGAUGAAGAGACCUGGAUUUAUGAUCCACGGAAUGAAUCACCAGGCCAUGGCACAGAUCUGUUUGCUGUAGCAGUGCAUGAGUUUGGCCAUGCCUUGGGAUUGGCUCACUCUUCUGUUAAGGAAUCCAUCAUGAUGCCGUAUUACCAAGGUCCUGUUGGUUUGCCCCACCUCUACCAACUUUCUAUAGAUGACUCCAUGGGAAUUCAGCAAAUCUAUGGUAGGCGACAUCAUAGUUCAUAUCCAGAUCAAGACAUUCCAGCGCCCCCAGUUCCCACAGCACCCCCGAUCCCAGGCCUACCACCAGACAAGCCGGGAGAAAAGCCUUCUUUGCCAGCAUUAGAACGUUGUAAAGCCGGGUUUGAUGCUAUUGCUAAUAUUCGUGGCGAAGUUUUCUUCUUUAAAGAGAGACAUUUUUGGAGGAUACAGCCAUCCCAGAAUCUGGUUUCUUUGGAGCCAGCCCAAACCCUCCGCUUCUGGAACGGACUCCCCCCAGAUUUCAAGUCAAUUGAUGCUGCGUAUGAACGUGCCAACGACAGCCAGAUCGUGUUUUUUAUUGGGUCCUCUUACUGGGUUUUUUCUGACACUCGAGUCAAUGAAGGUUAUCCCCGUCCCAUAUCAGAUCUGGGGCUCCCUCGCGGCACUGUAGUUGGGGCUGUGUUUGUUUGGCCUCACAAUGGUAAGACGUAUCUCUUAGAGAAGGACCGCUAUUGGCGCUACGAUGAUAAGUUGGGGCACGUGGAACCAGGAUAUCCGAAACCUGUCACUCUCUGGAAAGGAGUCCCGUCUGAGCUCGAUGAUGUCACUCAUUGGAAUGAUGGCCACACAUACUUCUUCAAGGAUACUCAUUACUGGCGCUUUAAAGGUGGCAAUGUGGAGGCCGAUUCAGUCCAUCCACGCUCCAUUCCCCGCGACCUGAUGUUUUGCUCAGAUCCUACCACCAUCUCCCCCAGCGGACCGAAAACUGGGUUUAAAGGGGAGGAUGGUUUAUGCCUCUGUAAGUCAAGUGGACAAAUCAAAAACUCCUUCUUAGCUUGGAUCUUGAUUCUGCUUUGGAUGAUAUGCUGAUUGCUAGGUUAGCUAUACGACUAUGCACUUUACAUUAUAAAGAGGAGAUCAAACAGUGGGGAAAAUACAGUAUUCCCUAGCAAAAGAUACAGGAUACUUUUUUCUUUAUUCUUUUGGUGCUCUCAGUAUCCAAUACCAACUUGGAGGCUUUGCUCCCAUGCUCAGUUUCUGAAAAAGAAAUGCUUACCUUAAAACUAACUUGGAAGUUUUAGAUCCUAAUAGUGAAUAUGUGAUAAUAUAGUUUCUCAGGUGUGAAGGAAAUGCAUUCUGGGCAUGCUCUGGGGUGCUGGCCUUUCUGAUUCUGUCACAUACCCAAAAGCUCCAAUUCACCAUUAAUUAAUGAAAUCCUUUGUACUUUCCCUGAUGGGAAGCAGAUGAAUGUUUUUGUCAGAAUACACAGAGUGUGGCUGUGUGAGACAACCCAGGAGCAAAUACAGCAAACAGAGGUUUGUAUUUAAAUAGUAGUUUUAUCUACAAAGAAUAUAUAAAUACACAUACUUUAGUCAGACCUCAAACAAAUAGCAAACAGCAAUUACAGCAUGGAAGCACACACGGAGAAAGAGCUAUAUGCCCCCAAAAGGUCUUUUAUUAUUACACUCUCUUAAAGUUAUAUUAGCCCAAAUGACUCAUUCUCAGUAUUACAACAUUGUAGCAGCUGGUCAGCUCUUAAAACAUUACCCUGACAGUUUUGGCUCAGAAUUGGCUUUAGGAUGUCACCAGAGGUUAGAGACCGGAAAGAACCACCUUUUAUAAAAGUAAGUCUAGCCUGUGAAUAAGAUUAUCAUAUUUUCUCCAAUAAAUAAGAAGAAUGUGAGAAAACCAGGGGGUGAGGAGUAUCUCGUGAAAGUAUCUCAUCCCCAUGGACAUUGACUUUGUUACAUUGUGUACUCGCAAUUAUGGUCUAUGUAUAUUUGUGGGAUAAACGCUAUUUGGGACUUCUCAGGAUUCUCUCGAUUCUAAGCGAAGAGCCCAGGAAUAUUGGAGGAAGUUAAUUUAAGAUGAUUUAAAAUCUUCUUGGAGAUGGGGGGAGGGAAGAGAAAUCAGC